ACGUCAUAACACGACACAGAACAACACUAAAAGUAACACAACAACAAUUGCACGAGGAUUGCAAACUUGCAUUAUUUAUCAAGAACUACAUUUUGCAGCACUAUCAUGGGGCAACAGGAAUUUCAAGCCAUCGUGCUGGCCGCCGGAAAGGGCACGCGAUUGCCCGAAAUAUUGGAGGGACGUCCGAAAUGUUUGCUGCCGAUUGGUCCGUAUCCGAUGAUUUGGUACCCUUUGCAGCUGCUUCAACGGCACGGCUUUACCGAGGUCAUAGUCAUAGUGCAAGAGUCGGAAAAGUCUGAAAUACAGCAGCGUUUGGAGCGGUUGCAGUUGAAGCUCAAGCUCGAUUACUAUUCCAUACCAACGGAUUCCGAAUGCGGCACCGCUGAUUCGCUGAGGCUUGUUUCGGAUAAGAUCAAAUGCGACGUCGUGGUGCUGUCGUGUGAUUCCGUCAUCGAAGUGAAUCUGUAUCAAUUGCUUUCCAAGUUUCGGGAGCAGGAUGCGUCCAUACAGAUGCUGUUGAUGGAAGGCGGCAAGGAUCAGGAUGUGGUAGUGCCAGGCCCAAAAUCGAAAUACAAAGCCGAAAAGGAUAUUAUUGGAUACGACAAAACUACAAACAAGGUCCUUUUUAUGGCAUCGGCUAGCGAUUUCGAGGAAACGGUGAAGCUAUCCGGUCAUCUGUUGCGCGAAAAUCCGGAGCUAAACAUCUCGUCCUACCUGCUCGAUGCCCACGUCUACAUCAUGAAGAAGUGGGUUGUGGAGUAUCUGGCGGUUAGCGAGACGCUUUCGGCGGUGAAAGGUGAGCUGCUGCCACACAUAGUUAAAAAGCAAAUGCUUCAGCCUCCCGCUGUCCCGGAAAACGAUGGCACGUCCGAAUACACUGCGAAGCCGAAAGUCGACGAUAUUUUUCAGGUAAGCGUUCUCUACUGCUGCUGUUCCAGGUGCGCAUUUCGUGAUUCGUCCUAUUAUUUCUUCCAGUUUGCCAUCUACACGGAAAUGGAUAAAAAGAUCGAUAAAGCUUCUAUCUUCAACAAGGAAAAGAAGGCUACCUCUCAUCCGAUUCGGUGUUACGCUUUCUUUGCCGACUCGAAUGCUUUCGGCUUGAGAGUAAAUAAUGUCCGUUCGUUUCUGCAGUGCAAUUUGAGUAUAUUUGAGAUCUUCCCGGCUUUAACGGGAUUCACAGAACGAGAGCUGGUGUCACAAACCAGCUCCAUCAAAUCUACGCAGAUAACCAAGUGCGCCGUCGGUGACAUGACAACGAUUAGCGAGAAAACUUCGCUCAAUCAGAAUGUGAUUGCGAAUGGGUGCACGAUUCAACCGAAGACGCGUAUUAACAACAGCGUGCUUAUGGAUGGUGUUACUAUAGAAGAGAAUGUCGUCAUAGAUAACUGCAUAGUCGGCGAAAAGGCGGUGAUUAAGAGUGGAUCCAUCCUGAGGAACUGCCUGAUCGGACCUCAUUUUGUGGUAGCAGUCGACACCAAGAAAGAGAGCGUCUACCUUUCGAACGCGGACGGUUUCAUGACGAUCGAUUGAAAGUGCUGCUGCUGGUGGUACUCGUUGUUAUCAUGAGCAUAAAAAAAAAAGAAAUUAAACGAAGCAGUUAGUGGUUUCGAAACUCUCUGUAAGAGUUAGCCAGCAACAAUGUUUUGACCGUCCUUUAAAAGUCAAAAAACAUGAAAAUGUAUUUACACACUAUCGCCAAACUGCACGAUAUAAAAAGAUAGGCAACCAUCGUUCGAUACUUCGA